CGAUGGUUCGCCCAAAAAUAAACAUUAGCUGUUCGUUUACUCAUCCUCGUGUCAUACAAGAUGUAGGUGACUUGUGUUCCUCAGUGGAACAAUAAAGAUGAUUUAUAGCUGGAACCGUGAUCUUUGGUGAUUCAUUAAAUGGAAGUUAAUGGCUACCAACAUUUUGUCAAAAACAUGUACAGGCAACACAAAAUUUAUACACGUGGCUCCUGACCAGAGCUGAAUAGUAACUGAUUGCUUAUAAUCUGGUUUAUCUAAUCAGAUUCUUAAAAUGAAGUACUUGUAAUUAGAUUACAUUACACUUUUAAAAUACUCAUAAUCAGACUGCAGUUACUUUUUUAUGGAUUACGUAUAAUUUACACAGUAGCAAUAAAUUAUUCAGAAUUUAUUGAUUAUCCCUAAUUCCUCUUUUUCAUCUUUAAGUGUUCCUUUCUAAAAUAGCCUACUGUUUAUAUAUGUUCAGAAAAUCCUCAAGAUUUGUUGACAAUCACACAAAGAUCAGUCAUUAUUGAGGUGGCGACACAGCAUUUGACCACUGAUUUACAAAAAUCUUUUCAACAUUGUAUCAACUACUGAUGAACACAUUGAUUUUUAUUUGAAUUAUCACUCUAACCAUGUAUUUCUUUGUCUUUGGAAGGUUUUUGUCUUUCAAACACAUUAAAAUGCACAAAUUCACAAACUUUUAAUUUGUCAUCAAAUGACAAAAUAAAAGUUUGUGAAUCAGUGUAAUCUUGAAGUACCCCUGAGAUUUUAAAAUAAAUAUUUUAAUAAUUAGGUAUCACAUUUGCAUGUUCAUUGGUGGUUAUGGUCACAUGACAUGCAGGUGAAUAAAUAAAAUGUUUUGAUUUUUCGAAAUUUGAUUUUAACAUUUAUUUUAAUUUAAAAAAUGUAUUUAAUUAAUUAUUAGUUUUUUAUUAAACUCAUAAACCCCCUACAGCUCCUUCACAAACACCAGUUUGGGAAACCUUGACGUAAUGUUGAUCAAUGUGAUAAACGAGUUAGGACAAAAGUAAUCUAAAAGCAGUCUGAUUAUAUUACCUAAAAUUUGGAAGUAAUCUACCCAGCUCUGCUCCUGACAAUGACAGUGAGGUCUUAUGAUGCGAAACAAUUGGUCUGUUUGAGAAAAUGAACAUUAUUUACAACAUUAUUACUGAAAAUCUAGAGCCUCACAAACGAAUCACUCUUUUGAACUGGUUAAACCCGGCAGUUUAAAUGUACAAGUUACUCGAUCAAAACUCACUUUCAGACGUCUGACAGUCACUCCGACUGAAAAUGAACCAAAAUACUGGCGUAUUUGAUCCUAUGGUGAAUGAAUUGUUCUCUGCUAGUUCAUAUAUGUGACCCUGGAGCACAAAACCAGUCUUAAGUAUCAUGGGUAUAUUUGUAGCAAUAGCCAACAAUACAUUGUAUGAGUCAAACGGAUCUAUUUUUCUUUUAUGCCAAAAAUCAUUAUGAUAUUAAGUAAAGAUCAUGUUCCAUGAAGAUAUUUUGUAAAUUUCCUACUGUAAAUAUAUCAAAACUUAAUUUUUGAUUAGUAAUAUGCAUUGCUAAGAACUUAGACAACUUUAAAGGUGAUUUUCUCAAUAUUUAGAAUUUUUUGCACCCUCAGGUUUCAGAUUUUCAAAUAGUUGUAUCUCGACCGAAUAUUGUCCUAUCCUAACAAAUCAUACAUCAGUGUCAUGGUUUCAGCUAAAAAUCUUUGUUCUAAGCUAUUUUGUUCUACUGGAGAAAUAGUCACUUACAUCUUGGAUAUCCUAAGGUGUGACUAAAUGAGCAGCAAAUGUUAAUUUUUGGGCAAACUGUCCCUUUAAAACUCUGGUGAGCGUCCGCUGAGCAUAUUGACAGACGCCCGUAUCAAAUCUCUGCAGUGCGUUUGUGACCGUGAGAACGAGCGCGUUUAGUGUUGCCGUGGAGGAGCACAGGAAUCCCAGAGAGAAUAUUAAGACAUUUGUCUUCUCGACAACAGCAGCUAGCUAAAUAGCAGUGAACUAGCAGCAGACGUCUCGUCACAUGAUAAUCUUCACUUUCAACGAAACGCUCUAUGCUCAGAACCCGCUCUACCCUUCUGUGUCAAACGCUCCUCUCACGACUAACCGAUUAACAUCCCGCCUCCAGACACAAGCCGUUAAUAGCCGUAAGGUUCUGACUGACAGGCUGAUGUGUGGUUUUGUAGGGGACGGGCGUCUCUUGUGCUGAUCGGCCCGUUUCUGGUCUGAGCGUUUAUUUUUUUUCCCCCUCUGCACUGAGUCUCAUUGCGGCAGCAUCAGGUCCCAGCAUGCCGUGCGGCAUCCUCCCCUCCCCGAGCGGCGCAGCACACUCACGGCCUAAGGUCCAUAUCUUCUCCCGGAUGGAGGCGUUCCUCCGUCACUCCCCGCGUCACCACCUUCCCAUGUCCAGGCUGUCAGCAUGAUAUUGAUCUUGGGGAGCGAGGGAUCAGCAUGCUCUUCCGAAACUUCACGCUGGAGAGCAUCGUUGAACGCUACCGUCAAGCGGCCCGCGCGGCCGUGGCCAUCAUGUGCAACGCAUGCAAACCGCCCGUUCAGGAGGCCACCAAGAGCUGCAUGGACUGCAAGGCCAGCUUCUGCAACGAGUGCUUCAAAAUGAACCACCCGUGGGGAACGCCCAAAGCCCAGCAUGAGUACGUGGGACCCACCACCAACUUCAGACCAAAGGUGCUAAUGUGUCCUGAACACGAGAUGGAGAAGGUCAACAUGUACUGUGAGGUGUGUCGGCGUCCCGUGUGUCAUCUCUGCAAGCUUGGCGGUUCUCACGCUAAUCACAAAGUCACUUCCAUGAGCAGCGCCUACAAGAUCCUCAAGGAGAAGCUCUCGAAGAGUAUCCAUUACCUAAUUAGCAAAGAAGACCAAGUGAGGACUCAGAUUUCUGAGCUGGAGGUGUUGAUCCGUCACACAGAGGAGAACGGGCAGCUCGCUGAGAGACGCGCCAACGAACACUUUGAGCGUCUGUUCGAGACCCUUCAGGAGAGGAAGACGGAGAUGCUGCGGUCCAUCGAGCAGUGCAGGAACCUGCGUGUGGAGCGUCUGCGGACUCAGGUGGAGGAGUAUCAGGGCAUGCUGGAGAACAGUGGCCUGGUGGGAUACGCACAGGAAGUGCUGAAGGAGACCGAUCAGUCCUGCUUCGUCCAGACAGCCAAACUUCUGCAUGUCAGGAUUCAGAAAGCCACCGAUUCGCUGAAGACCUUCCAGCCAGCAGCGACGCCGUCGUUUGAGGAGUUUGUGUUGGACACUUCGAAGGAGGAGGUCUUGCUGAAGGAGCUGAGCUUUAGCGGUGUUCCUGACCCUCCAGUGAUCGAUCUCUCUUGCUGCCGCGUUUACAACGAGGGUCUGAUCCACUGGCGUCUGUCUGAAGACUCUCUGCCCACCGAUCAUCAUAUUGUGGAGUUCAGGAAGCUGGGGGCCGAGGAUGAGGAGGAAGAGGAAUCCCGCUGGAGUGCGAGCGAACGUGUUUACGGCUGCAGCACAGUGCUGUCUGAUCUGGUCGGAGACUCUCGCUACGCCUUCAGAGUGAAGAGCUGCCGUAACGGCGUCUUUAGCCCCUGCAGUCCUGAGGUGACUUUCCACACGCCUCCAGCUCCAGUGUUUGGCUUCCUGUUUAACGAGAAGUGCGGAUUCAGUGCGGAGCGGCUGCAGCUGAGCAAACGCAGGGACUCCGUGGAGAGCGUUGCGGGAAUGAGUUUCCUUUUGGCCGCCGAGCGCGUCCAGACGGGAAGUUACAUUUGUCUCGACUACAUCAUCGGUGAUACGGGCAUCUCUCACGGUCGCCAUUACUGGGCUUUCCGUGUGGAGCCCAAUUCAUAUAUGGUUAAAGUGGGAGUGGCUUCUGACUCCAAACUAACGGAGUGGUUUCACAACCCACGUGACACCAGCAGUCCACGGUAUGACCACGACAGCGGGCAUGACAGUGGCAGCGAAGAUGCCUGUUUCGAGGUAUCGCAGCCCUUCACGCUGGUCACCAUCGGCAUGGGGCGGCUUUUCAUCCCCAAAGCGUCCGUCGGUGCUGCCUCCGGGGAUCACAGCAGCCGCAUCCUGCCCAUGCCGCAGAGAAUCGGAGUCUGCCUGGACUACGACGCGGGACGGGUGUUUUUCUACGACGCCGACACCAUGCGCUGCCUCUAUGAAAGACAGGUGGACUGUUCGGGUACCAUGUACCCUGCGUUCGGCCUCUUGGGCGGUGGGGCGGUUCAUCUGGAGGAGUUUAUCACGGCCAAGCGGCUGUCAUACAUGUGAGGAUCCCGUCGACGUCUGUUAGCUCCAUCUAGUUCUCUCGAGUUUCUCGUAACGGUAGGUCGGCCGGUGGCGCGUCGCUGUCUAUUAUACAAGUCAAUCUGGUUUAAGAGCCAAAUCCCAUCUCGAGUGCCUACGUGCCUUCGAUGACAUCAGAGUUUCACACACUGUCAGGUUUCACGCCGGGCACCUUAAUACACCCAAAUCUAAUGCAAAGCCUCACAACGUCACUUUCUGAAGAAUGUGCACUGAUACUGUUAAUUACUUUUCAUCGUUUACAUGCAGUCAAGUGAGCUUAAGAACAAGAAUGACAAGCGAUAUGAUUCGAACACAAGAAUUCACUACUGAACACCACAUGAUUGUGCACUAAUGUUUUUUUUUUUUUUUUGAUUGUAGCAGCACCUGCAAAAUGUAGAAAUGUUUCAAAGUACUUAAAAACAAACACAUUCUAGUACAGCAUGUAGAUAUGAAUAUGUGCUAGAGAUUUUUUUGUAAUCGAGUGAAACACAAAAUGUUUUAUUGAAACACUUUAAUAAAAUGUAGCAUAUGAAUCAAAACGGUGCUGAUCCAACGGAAGCUGAAUACGAUUCCUAUGAGACAGACCUGAACACCUUAAAUGUACAUAUGCACUAUUAUCGCCAAGGCGAAUGUCUUGACUGGACUAACAUGGCCUUAUUGAGUAAUCGCAGGCUCGGCGCUUUAUUAACCAGAUGACUGGCUAGAAAGGGAUCUGACUGUCUCGACUGUCACUACCUACCUCUGAUCGAAGGACGUUCUCUAGUUUAUUCUGUAGUUGUGCUGCACUAGUCUUGUGCUUUGAUUGCCCGUUUACGAAUGAUAAAAAAAACGUCGUCAUCUUCAAGUUGGAGCAUUUUAGGGAUGCGUCCUACUACUGAUUUGCGUGUUAUUCUGUGGAUUACGUCGCUCUUUAUCUCUGUCAGUAAAAUCUCAUACUAAUCAAACUUUUUAAACAAUGUGACUGCAUAAAGGAGACUUAUGUUCUCGGAAUGCUUUAGACAGUUAGAUUGAGCUUUACAUGUUUGUGAUAAUUAAAAUUAUAAUAAAAAUUGUGUUGAUGUAUAAGAUCAGUGGACUGAAGUAUGGAGAGCAGCACGUGUGCCGUGUAUGUGAUUCUGAUCUUUAAUGAGUUCAUUUCUGUUUGUUUUUUGCGUCAAUGAUAUGAAUUGAUUUUCACUUUAUUUUCACAUCCCCCCCUAUCAGAGUGGUUUAUUUUGCUGCGUUGAAUGAAUGCACUCGUUCACUCGUUUCAGGUGCGUCGUGUCACAGAACGUGUUUUGGGAGCCUGUAACCAAAUGUUUUGCUCGUUUCUUGUACAUGUUAAACAGGGUCUGUAAUUGUUGCGGUUUGUAAUGUGCGGUACUGAGCUUAUGAAAUCCUGCUGAAGUUCUUUAGCACUUUAAAGCAUGUGUGAGCUUGAUGCGGGUGCGAUAUCACAGGCGGCGCUGUAUGAUGCUUUAACGGACUUAACCAACUGCUGUCUCUCUGUCACCUGCAUCUGUGUGGUUUUAUUUUUAAUGUACUAUGUGGGUUUUUAUAUAAAAAUAAAUGAAUGUCGUUGUAGCUGUA